GGGGCAAGCGCCGUGUUGUCGCAGACAUGACCAAUCAGCAGAAAGUUUCUUCUGUCAGGUGCACCAAUAGCGAGGAGUAGCGGCGCUGUCCAAUGAGCGGAGCCCUACUUUGCGGAAGGUUAUAAAAGGGCUGGGUGCGGAGGCUCCUACCUCAUUUCGCCGCAGAGCUCGGUAAAGGAGUGGGUGCUGCCGGCAGCGAAUCGAGGCGCCAUGUCUGGCCGUGGCAAGAGCGGCGGUAAGGCCCGAGCGAAGGCCAAGUCUCGCUCGUCCCGGGCUGGGCUGCAGUUCCCGGUCGGGCGCGUCCACCGGCUGCUGCGGCGCGGGCACUACGCGGAGCGGGUGGGGGCCGGCGCGCCCGUCUACCUGGCCGCCGUGCUGGAGUACCUGACGGCCGAGAUCCUGGAGCUGGCGGGCAACGCGGCGCGCGACAACAAGAAGACGCGCAUCAUCCCCCGUCACCUGCAGCUGGCGGUGCGCAACGACGAGGAGCUCAACAAGCUGCUGGGCGGUGUCACCAUCGCGCAGGGCGGCGUCCUGCCCAACAUCCAGGCCGUGCUGCUGCCCAAGAAGACGAGCGGCGGCGGCGCGGGCCCCGCCAAGGCCGGCAAGAAGGGCAGCGGGCAGCAGUCACAGGAGUACUAGGCCGGCCGGCCCCGCAGCACCACACAAAGGCCCUUUUCAGGGCCACCCUCAUCGCUCAGCGGGAGAGCUGCGAUCCGCGGGGGGAGGGGAGCGCGUCUCUGUCCCGGAGGCGGUGCGGGGCCCCGCCCGCCGGGCGGCGGCCAACUCACGUGCCGGUGAGGAACAGGUCCGCUCGAGUCCAGUCCGAAAACAACCGUCAAGGGCUGCUCCGUACAGACUGACACACUGGGGUGCUUGUAAUUUAACUGUAUUUAUCGUCUGUUACAUUCAGUGGACAUUGCAUAGAGAAUAAAUCACGCUUCAUUUCCAAAA